AGCCAAAACUAAUUUCAAAACAAGACAACAGGAAAAACCAUAAAUUUGCAUUUCAAAACCAUUGCUCAAAUCCCCUUAUUAGCUGUUAAACACACAUCAUAAAAAUCCCAAUAUUUAUUACCAUCUCAACCGUUCUACAAUCCUAGAUAGAUUCACAGAAUUGAAUGAAUCCUGGGAGUUCAAGAUUGCCCAAAUCUUUAAGUGUCGGAAUUUAUCACCACUUCAAGUCAAUUCAUCCGAUCUACUCUAUCUAUUUAAACCCUAAUCUUAGUGUAUCAUUACAACAAACUCACAACAAACCCCCAAGUACUGAUGGGUUGCUUCGUUUUGGCUUCUGGUGAAAAAAAGUCUCUGAAAAAAUUAUGGGCCAAGUCAACUUGUUUUCUUCUUGAAAUUCAACAACGAUGUUACGAUUUAGCGAGGAAUGUAUGAGUUUUCUUUAAAGGAAUUCAGGAGCAAAUCAAAGACCACAAGAAAGCAAGAACAUGGCUCCUGGAGGUAAUGUUUACCAGGAUGUGACUGAAUCACGUGCUGCCAUUGCUGAUUACAGUGUCAAAUCUGCAAAUUUGGAAGGAAGAAAUGGCCUCAGAAUAUGUAAUUCUAUUGGUGGAAGGCCUGGAAUGGCAUCAAACAGUGCUGUUCAUGAUCUACUAGAGUGCCCUGUAUGCCUCAACAUAAUGUGUCCCCCAAUUCAUCAAUGUCCAAAUGGGCACACGAUAUGUGUGAUUUGCAAGACUAAAGUUCAAAACAGUUGCCCGAUAUGUAGACAAGAGCUUGGAAAUAUAAGGUGUUUGGCUUUGGAAAAAGUUGCAGAGUCCAUUGAAUUACCAUGCAAGUACCAUGUUUAUGGCUGCCAAGAUAUUUUAGCGUAUCACAGCAGGAUGAGACAUGAAGAAGAUUGCAAGCAUCGAGGGUAUAAUUGUCCUUACGCAGGUGCAGAAUGUCCAGUCACCGGUGAUAUUCCAUUCAUUGUUGCACAUUUGAAGACAGAUCAUAAUGUUGAUAUGCAUGAUGGCUCUAGCUUCAACCACCGAUAUGUGAAGCCCAAUCCUCAUGAGAUCGAGAAUGCUACUUGGAUGUUGACUAUUUUCAACUGCUUUGGAUACCAAUUCUGCUUGCAUUUUGAAGCUUUUCAUCUGGGAGCAGCACCGGUUUACAUGGCGUUUUUGCGGUUCAUGGGGGAUGAAAAUGAUGCUAACAAGUUUAGUUACAGUCUGGAAGUUGGAGGAAAUGGUAGAAAGUUGAAGUGGCAAGGGAUCCCGAGGAGUAUUCGUGAUAGUCACAAGACUGUUCGUGAUAGUCUUGAUGGGCUGAUUAUAACAAGGAAUAUAGCAUUGUUCUUCUGGUGGGGACAGGCAGGAGCUGAAGCUAAAAGUGUCUGGGCGCAUAUGGAAGGAACAGUCUUGAGCUACAACCUGGAAAGAACAGUCAUACUCACUGACUUCCAGGUUCUGGCUCAAGACUGAUAUUGAGCCCCGUGGCUCGGCAACAGAUUCACAUUUUAUUUUUGCACAGGGGUGAAUUAUUACAGAUGUUGAUGAAAGUUGCCUGGUGCCUAUUUAUCAGGGUAAACUUUGUCCAAAACAGAAAUAUUUUUCAAGUCAUUGUCAUGUUGUUGCUCUUGGCUAAAACGAUCAGUUUCAUUGAUAAUACGAUUCUAAUAAAGAAAA